AUCAAUUGAAACUGAUUUGUGCGAAAUCGCUAUGAAAACGUUAUCAAAUAUAAAUAUUUGAUCAAUAAUCAUAAAAUCACUGUGAUAGCUCCAACAUGAAACACCUAGUGGUUUUCGUCGCCUGCAUAUCACUAUGCUAUGGAAGCACUAUUUCAAGGAUUCCAUAUGACUAUAGUCAUUACGUAGAUGGUGAGAGCCGUUUCAUAUGGAUGCCGAGGGAUGAUGGUGAACUCGUCUUAGUAGAUCUUUGGGAAGAUAUAAAUAAUCGUAGAGAAUCAAAAACAGCCGGAGCUAGCAACCUAUACUGGCUUUAUACUAGACGAAAUCCUGAGGAAUAUCAAUUACUCAUUCAUGGUAACGAAAGCAGUAUAAUCAAUUCAAACUUCCAAGCUGAUAAGCCUACUAUAGUUCAAGUUCAUGGUUGGUCUACAACCGGAGGAAAUUCCGUAUUCAAUAGAGUAACAAAGAAAGCCUUGCUUGAAGUUGAAGAUUACAAUAUCAUUGUUGUUGAUUGGCGAGCUAUCUCUACUGGUUCAUACGUGGUAUCGGUGAACGCUGUGCCAAGUGUGGGUGAAUCAAUUGGUUUAUUCGUGGACUGGCUCUUGACUACCACGGAUGGGAGCUGGAAUAAAGUGCACCUGAUUGGGUUCAGUUUGGGUGCACAUGCUAUAGGCAAUGCCGGACGUGCAGCUGGAGGUCGGGCUGCCAGACUCACAGGUUUCGAUCCAGCUGGUCCCCUAUGGCGUUUGAAUUCCAACAGGUUGGCUAGUAGCAACGGUCAAUAUGUCGAGGCUAUUCAUACCAAUGCUGGGGUUAUGGGUAUCCUAAUUCCUGUUGGUGAUGUAGACUUCUAUCCCAAUGGUGGUGCGUUGCAACCUGGUUGUGGCGCCGAUCCUAACUGCCACCACGAUCGAGCUUACGAGUUCUUUGCUGCGAGUAUCAGCACAGGGCAUUUGGUUGGACAAAAGUGCGAAGACCUUACCGAAGCUACAGCCGGCAGAUGCUCUGGAACACCUCUGAGUUUGGGGGGUACUGAUUUAAACAAAAGAGCAAGCGGACUUUACGCUAUGCGUACAGGCGACACCUGGCCCUUCUAAAUAUGAAGUUCCGUAAUUUUGAAUAGUAAUAAAAUACUUUAUACUUACCUCGA